CCAACAAGCUUUUAAAUUAUUGUGUAUCAUUAGAUCUAAUAGUAAAUUCUAAACAAAAUUUGUAUCUAUCACAAAAUAUAGUCCUAUUGUCACAUGACAAUUUGAUUAUAAUAAUUUAUUAUAAGUUACCUACAAAAAAAAAAAUGUAUGCUAUUGUCACUUAAACAUAUUGAAUGGAAUAUUUUUGAACUUUUAUUUCAGUUUGGCAUGAUAUUCGUUUAAAUUCAGAUAGUUUUGAACAGGUUUUAAACAGUAUGUAUCUAUUAUAAAUUUUAAAUUUGUUCCUAAGCUUAAUUAUUUAUUUGAAGCUUCAAAUUUGUUUUAACAUUGGUAUUUUAUAAUUGCCAUAAGCAUUAUAUUGUCCUUGGUUAACUUUUUUAAGAGUGUGUAAUGUGUAAUAUUGCUAUGUGCAGUAGGUAUGCUUAUGUUUUACAAUCAUAGCUGCACACUGGAGGGGAUCUGUAUUGACCCUCAACCUAUAGUAUGCAAUAAGUUACAAUGUUUUGAUUGUAUUUCAAUCCUAUGUAGUCAAUGAUUCACCUUUGGAACUCCAGCAUGUAAGUACUCGUAAAUAUUGUUACUUAAUAUUAAAUACAUACUCUUAGUUAGUUCUUUUUCUUUUUUGUCGAAUUUUCCCAGAGUGAAAAUAUUAUGUUAUAUAUUAUAAUAGACACAAAUACACAAUACAGUACAAUAGGUAGUCUUCAUUAUCUUGGAAAAUUCCACAAAAAAAAAGAAAAAAGUAUUAUAAAUAUUUAUCUUCCCCAGUACUUUUGAACGCUUUUAGUAGCUCCAUCUGAACCAAAUAAUUAGUAUUUUUAUAGACAGCUUGAAGAGAUAAAAUUUUGGUUGAAUUUAGAUUUGAAAUUCACCAUAUUAUUAAGGUUAUUUUUAGAUUUUAAGCACCCCUACAGACUUCCCAAGUGGUUUCAACUUUCAACCCCUCUCAAACCAUUCUUAUGCACAAAUUUCACGUUUUCACAAGAAAUACUGUAUUUUAAAUACUUUUACAAAUUCUUGAAAGUAACAUAGUUAAAAUGUAUAUUUAUAUACAUUUUUUUCAAAGGAGUCAAAUCUUUAGAAGGUUUGAACUUCCAACCCCCAACCACACUGUAUGCAAGCAAAAAUUUCAGGAAUUAGCUUACCUUAUUUGAUAAAACAUUUUAUUCAAUUGUUAUCAUUAUAAAAAUUAAAAUAAAACAUAAAGUAUUAUAACGGCAACAAGUUGAUUGGAGAAAAAUUUGACUCUAGUGACGGAAUUCUUUUGUUCAUGUAUAUUUUUAUUAUUUAUGUAAGAGGUAUUAUAUUUGGGGAUUUUAACAGCUGUAAAUAUUUCAUGUUUUAACUUACAUGUUUUUUUAUAUUAACUUCUUUAUAAAUAGAAAAUAUUAAAAAUUAAUGAAUUAUUAUAAUUACAUAUUUAUAUCAUAAGUUAUAUUAUUAAAAAUAAUAUUAUUUACAAAACUAUAUCUCAAAAGCCUUUAUACAUUAUACUUCAACUAAAACUAUUUAAAGUUAACUAUUAAAAAACAAGGUUUGAAGUUAAAACUUUGCUUUUUUGUCUAAUCAUGCAUAUUUAAGAAAAUAACAUUUGUAUUGUUUACCAAAUACCUAUUUAUAUUACAUAUUUCUCAUUUUUGAAUGCUUAUAUUAUUUAUUUUAAAAUAACUGUCAACUGCUCUAGCAAUUUGCUUCAGUAAAUAUUUAGAUUUGUUUUCAGAGACCAUAUUUAUUUUGUUGGAAUUUUUAUAAUCUAUGCUAAAAGUGUUCCUUAAGUAAAUGACAUUGCAUGAAUACAUUUUAUAAAUUAGCAACCUUCCUAUAUAUAUAAAAAUGAAGAUUAAGAUUCUUGAAUGAUUAAUAUUCAUUUAAAAUAACUAUUGGUAAAUUAUAAUAUUUAAAAAUUAUAUUGUAAAGAAAAAUUCUAAGCUAUAUUAUGUGAUCUACAGAUAAAGUAUACAAUUUUGCUAAUGUUAAUAGAAUAAAUAGUACAGAGUUUAAGGAUAUUACUAAACAAUAUAUUUUAUUUAAUGAAUGUAAUUUUGAAAUGACUAAGUACCUACUUUAUUAAAUACCUAAUAAAAAGAUUUAGUAAAUCAUUAUAAAAAUUAAAGAAUUAUUUAAAAAAAAAAAAAACAUAUUUUAUAUAUAUAUAUAUAUUGUGUCAUUUUUUAAUAUAUCAAUAUUUUAAUUAAUUUCUCUCUGCUUAUCCUACACUCAUCCAUCCAGCAGGUAACACAUCGUCAAUAUUUUUAAUCACAGCCAUCUUUACAGAUUUUAUAUUUAUUGGAUCUACACAUCUAGUGUUGAAUUCAGUUUUGUACAGUGAUUUCUAAGCUAUAAUAUAAUGAAUAUUGCAUCGUGACUCGGAGAACCUAUUUUGCUCAAACCAAUUAUUGGCCAUCACUAUUUUAUUUAAUAUUAUUCAAGGGAUGAGUGAAAAUAAUUAAAAAUAUGUUUCAUUUUAAGAGAAGUUUGAAUAAAAUAAUUUAGGAACUACCAGGCUAUGUGAUAAACUACAUACUAUAGAGCAGUGGUUCUAAAUCUUUUUAGAACCGUGACCCAAAUUUCCCGCCGAAAAUUUAUCAUGUCUCACAUGGUUUCACUUUUCAAAAAGUAGUUUAUGAAAACUGGUGCGAAAAUCAAAAAAUGACUCCCUUAAAGUACCACCCCAGUAAGACUUCCUUUUGGAAAAAGUGCUACACUUGAAAAUCAAAAUAAAAUUGCCAGAAAAAAAAGUUGUCCACAGAUAGAAAUAAAAAAAUUAAAAUUUUUGUAAAACCAACUCAGAAUCUAAAAACACAAAUUUCUUGGAAACUAUAUAAUUCAAAACAAUUUUCGCAACACACCAAAAAUUUAAUUAGGAACUCACCAGUUGUUUGCAACCCACAGUUUGAGAAACGCUGCUAUAGAGUAUAAUUUACACUUUACAUGUUUAUGAAAUGUGGCAGAACACAAAUAGGCUGUAGACACCAUAUUAUGCAAAAACAAAUAUCAGAUACUUUUCAAAUAGUUUUGUUAUUACAUUUAUGUACUAGUCAUUAAAGUUUUAUUUCAUUUCAAAUUACUUAAUAUUGUUUGAAUUUAAAACCAAACAAAAAUUAAAUUUAAACAAUUUUACCUUGUUGUUUACCAAAUGUUUAACUUUUACUAAUUUUAUUUCUAGACUUGGAUGUUUUAUAUUGCUUGUAUCUAGUUUUUCAUUAGUAAAAACGAUUGUAGGUACAAUUAAUUAUUAUAAUAAUAAUUAUACCUAUCUAUUUAUUUAGGUUACUUUAGGAAUACUUGUUCGACACAAAAAAUAUAGGUACUUACCUAUUAAAUAUUAAAAAUACUUGUCAUUUUUAAUAUCAAUUGUUAUUUUUCUCACUUAUACUCAUUAUGUAUAUGCUUAUAGUUAUUAAGUAUCUGGGCGUAUAGGGUCUUGAGUAAGUAAGUACACAUUGAGUUUGUAUAAAUUAUGCUUUUCACCCAUUUAAUUUAUUUUUUAAUAUUGUGUUCAAUCUACUCGUCUGAUAAUUUUAAUCAGUAAUUAUAUAUUAUAAUUAUUAAGACUUUUAUGAUCAAUUCCUAUACAAUAUUGUAAUAUUAUGUCUUACACAAAAAUAGGAGGGAUGAACUUUUUGAGUGUAUUUUAAAUUUAUAUUUUCUUUGGUACCCAAUGAUUUUCUUGUAAACACGAUACAUAUCAUAUCUAUAUGCAUGUUAAGUAUGGUAGAUUUGUGAAUCAUAGGUUAUUAUAGUAAAUAUGACCUAAUAUUAGGCUAAAGUUUAUUACUUUGACUUUGAAGAUUUACAUGUGCCCUUAUUAGUCAUAGACAUUAGUUAUAUGUAUGCAUUAUUAUUUAUUAUAUGGUUGCACCUCUUGAGUGAAUAUAUAAAUUCUUUACUAAAAGUAUUAUAGACAGAUACUUAUAAUUAAUAAUUAUUUAUUAUUUAUAAUUAAUGUAGGUAAUACUAAUGAAUUAAUGAUUUAAACUAACUUCAGUACAAACAAGUAUGAACAUUUAACUAUAAUAAAUAAUUCAAUAAAAUUAAAUUUAUAUUACAUAUUUGUGUUAAAUAAAUUGGUUCUUAUGAUAAUAUUAUCGUGUUUAUACUUCUUCAAAUUUGAUUCAAUUGUUCAAAUUCGGUAUUUUAAAUUGAAUAUAAUAGACUGAAUUAAUCAUAUAUUUUGCAAAAUAGUAUUUUAUAUCAUUUAAAUAAAUAAAUAUUAGAGUGAUCCUUAUUUGUAGAAAAAAAGCAUAUAUUAAUGCUUUUAAUAUAGGAUCCCCUAAAUUUGUUAUUGUUAUGAGAAUAAAAGUUUUGGUUAAUACAUCCUGGGGUGUUGCAAAAUGACAAAAUAUGGUAAUUUAAUUUUUUUUAGACCUAAUUAAAGAAAUAUAACAAUGAGCAAAAAAUGUAUAUUACUUUAGUUGUAGAACAUAAAAUGUUCAAUAAAAACCAUAUUUAUAUUAUUUCUUGAAGAAAAAUAAUAAACUACAAAAUCUUUUUUUUUGACGAAAUUGAUAAUUUAUAGUUAUUUAAAUAUAUUUAGAUAAAGUAUUUGUAUAUAAAGUUCAUUGGAUUGUAAAUUUUAUUGUUUGUGUCAGAUUUAUUUAAUAUUAAUUUAAUAUUAAUGGUAAUUUACCAAUAUGUACUAUAUCAGCAUAUUAUUUAUAUAUUAUAUGCGAGGGUAAAAUAUGGUAACCACAACUAAAUUAAAACAUUUUGUUUAAUACGAUUUACACACUUUAUACUUGAAUAAUAAUUAUGUAGCAAACAUAUUAUUAUUUAUUAUUUAUGUAAAUUUGAAUAAUGAACAAUUUUAUUUCUUAGUUUAAAAUAUUCUUUUCCCAUCACACAUACAAUAAGCUGUCCUCUAUCAUUCUUGAUAGCACCCAACCACCUGUUUCUUGGUAUUCCUCUUUAUUCCUAUGUUUAUUUUCAUUACAUUUCUUACUGUUUCUUAUUUCUGUUUCCUCAUGACAUGCCUAAACUAUCUCACUUUAUUUUCUCUAAUUUUGCUUAUUAUAAAACCACACCCAAGCUACACUAUGUACUCAUUCUGUGUUCUAUUUUUCCUUCUACUAACCAAAAUUCCAAACCAUAUAACAUAGUCAGUCUAGCCACACUUUUAUAGAACUUAUCUUUAAAUCUCAUUGGAAUUCUUUUGUCACAGAAAAUAUCUGCCACUUCUUACCAAGAUAUAAUGUACAUAAUAAUACAUAAUAAUAAUUUACAUAUAUAUUAUACUUUAUAUAAAUGUACUUUUACAAGUACUUAUCUAAUUAUGGUAUUAUUAUUAGAAUAUUUUAAAUAAUCUGUUAACAAUUUGAUUCUCCGUAAAGUAAACAAAUACUUAAAUUAUAAUAUAUUUUUUAAUGCUUCAUUAAAAAAAAAAAUUAAUAUUUUUUAUCCAAAUUAUUAUUUAUUUUAUACAUAUUAUAUUAAAUUUAAAUAUAAAUUGUCUAUGAAUAUAAGUUGGUUGUAGAUAUCAUGAAUAUCAGUUAUUCCAAAUUUUUAACUAUACAUUAUAAAAAAGUUAUAGUUAGAAAGGUUUGAUGGCAAUUUGUUUGAUUAGUUUGAUUAGUCUAAGCGCUCUGAAAAUUGUAUUUAAAAGGUAUUUCAUGUUUAUCUAGUAUCACAGUUGAUAAACAUUUGAUAUUAUAACUUGUAUAAAAUUAUUAAAAAGUAAAAAUAACUAAUGAAUAUUAAUUUUUUUUUUCUCUAAAGUUAUUAUAUUAUAAAUUAAUUUUAGUUAAAUAUUACUUUAAUAAUUGUAUAAACAUAAGAGUUAAUUUAUCAAUACAGUACCAACUUUGCGAAACUGUGUCAGACAAUUUUAAAAUAAAUAAUUACCUACUUUUAAAUGAAUUUCAAAUUUGUCUUUUUUUAUAAUCAUUAUUUGAGUAAUUUAAAUUUUAACAAUUUUUUCUUUUUUAAUUCUAAGUUAAUAAUAAUAAUGAAAUUUUUUUUGUUAUUAGGGUAUUUUGUCAUUAAUGUGCAAGUUAUUUUUUUUUCUUUUGACUAUUCUACUUCUCUUACUGACUAUAUAUACUGCAUACAACAUGUUUGCAAGAUUCAAUGUGAUACAUACAUUGCAUUCUGUUUAAAUUCCCAGUCUUAAUUAUAAUCUAAUAUUAACUUUAAGGAAAACAUGGUUGUUUGGUACUUAUAAAUAAAAAUUAUUUUAUCCUUUAUUUUCAUUUCUUUUCUAAAUUUAAUUUCUCAGUUAUACAAUUUUAAUAAUUUUAAGAUAUCUAGUAAUUAUGUGUGGAAAUGGGAAAACUAAGUAUUGAUUAUUCACAAAAUAAAUAGUGUUGAGAGAUAAUAUUAAACGUUUUAUUUUAUAUGUACCUACCUAAGUAAUAAUAAUGUAAUCAUUAUUUUUUUCUAUUGAAAUAAUUGGGUAGAAAAAUAUUUUAAUAUAAAGUAUAUACAUUUCGUUUCAACUGAUAACCUAUAAUUAAGUUUUGUUUAGUUUAUAAUUUGAGUGUCCAAAGAAUUUUUUUUAACGAAAUAUGUCAAAAAUAAAAUUUUUCCAGAAAUAGAAUAGCAUUACCUACCUAUUUAAUAUAAACUAUAUUAUACAAAAUUAAUUUGAAAUUCUAAAUAACUUGUUAACACAAACAAAAUUGCAUGCUUUAUGUUUUUUUAACUUUAUGAUGGUGUAAAUAAAAAUGAUCAUUGUUCUAGAUGAGUGACUCCGAGGACGAAACUGCCUCAAUGGAGACUACUAGAAUGUACAAAGAUGACUUAGAGUUAUCUCGUAUGUCAUUAUAUCUUAGUUCCCAGGAUCUGAUAAAUGGUUCUCCAGGGGCUGCUCAACAUAUAAGGGUACAUUUUUUUUUAUUAUUUUCUAUUAAUAACAUAGCCUUUAUUGAAAAGAUCAUUUUUAUAGAGGUAUUAUUAAUUUAUUAUAAAGAAAUAAAUACUAUGCCAACUUAGUUGAAUGUAUGAAAUUUGAUUUGUUUUUAUCUAGCCUGAGAGCAUAACAUUUGAUUCAACGCCAGGUGACAUAUCUGUGGAUUUUGUACUUGUUUCAUCAUCCAAAGCCAAAGCACCAGUAGAUUUUGAUGGUUGGAAUCGUAGAUCUGCUUUUGAAGAAAGAAUUAAAGAACAAGGAUUACUGCUUGAAGAAGAUGUAGUUGGUGGGUUGACAUUUGUCAAAGUGCAUGCACCUAUACCAGUGUUACGUAGAUAUUGUGAAAUAUUGAAACUACGAAUGCCUAUGAAAGAGGUAAAUUUGUUUGUAGAAAAUUAAUUGUAGGUUUAUCCAUAAAUUCCAUUCCCCGAAUAAAAUAUAUACACAUAGAAAGUAAUAAACAAAUUGUUUAGUGCAACUUUUGUUUUUGAAUAUGUAAUUUUGAAUUGAAGUUAUAAGUUUAAUACAAACAUAUAGUUAGUUUAGAUUUGCAUUAUAUAAUUAUUUAGCUUUGAAUCAUGUUUGUAUUUUUGAAUAAUAUACAUUUCAUAAUUAUAGAUUUUUAUAAAAAAAAUGUCUUCACAUUUUAGUGCCCAAUUAAUGAACAUACACCAGAAAAAGGUUUUGAUGUAUUGGACAAGGUAAAAAAAAUGAUUGGUUGUCUUGUACGAAUUUUUAUCACUAUUGAUCCUGGACCAUUUAAACCUAAUACGUACAUUUUAACAGCAGAAUAUUCACGUGAAAAAAGUUAUUUGUAAGUUUCCGAAAAUAAUCAUGAUAUUAUAAUAUUAUAUUACAUAUACUAUAUGCAAUCAAUAAAAUUUAUAUAUAUAUAUAUAUUUUAGAUUUAACGAAGAUGACCCAGAAUUCUUUUCUGCGGAAGUUCGGACAUUAGUUAUAGACUUUAUUUUAAAUAGAGUUAGCUGGGGAAAAGAUCAAGGAGAUGUCAACUGUGUUGGAAUUCAGUGUCUUUUAGAUGAAGGUGUAUACAGAGCUGCUUAUCCUUUACAUGAUGUAAGUUUUCGUGUUAUUUUUUUUUCAAAUUAAAGUUAGUUUUAAUUUGAUUAGAAUUAAAACAGUUAGAUUAUAGUUUUAAUUUUAGUAUUAAUAGAACAAUAUUAUAUACUAUACAGUAUUACAAUUCUGAUUAUUCAAUUUACCUAGUACCCACAUACUAUUAAAAUGAUUAUCUAUAUAGAAAGUGUUGAACAAAACCUUGAUUUUUAAGGUCAAACUAAAUUUGUAUUUAUGUCAAUCAGCAACUCUUGUGUUUAUUUGUUUAAAAUCAAAGUUUUAACCAAUGUUUUUAAGGUUGUAUUCAAUACUUAAUCAUAUUUUAUGUAAAUAAAUAAAUAUUUGUGUCAAGCUAUGAUAUUAUUCAAAGUAACUUACUGAUCAUUUUCAUUUAACUAAUAGCGUAUUUUUAAUAAACAUUUUAAUUUUCAAGAACAAAGUAAAUAUAAGGGUGUAAAUAAAUUAUUAUCUACAUGCAACAUUUUAUUUAUAAAAAUAUACAUAGGAGAGAAGAGGGGAGAGGAAGACCAAAAAAAGAGAUUUUUUUUGAUUUUCCUAAUAGUUUUCUUAAUAAACAACUUAAUUACUUGUACCUAUAUUAUUUUUUUUAAUUUUAUUUUAUGUGUGUUUUUGUGUGAGUCAUAUUAUAUCUUAAAUGUUAAUAAUCUAUAAUUACCUAUGUAAAAUGGAUUGCAAAGUCCAUUUAAAAAAAAACUUUGGAAUUGUGGAAAUAAUUAUGCAUUAAUUGUUUCUGUUAUUUUGUUUUUUUAUUGUAAUUAAUUUUUAUUAUAUUAGCCUAUAUUAUUGUUUGCUUACAUCAGCACUUUCUAGACAUGUUACAAUUUUCAUAAUAUUAUUUUAUUAAUACUAUUAUUACUAUUGUGAUUUCUAUCAUAAGUUAUUCUGGUUCCAUAUUUUAUAGUUAUUUUAAUUUAAAACUUUCAAGUUAUAUUUUGAUUUAAAAUGCUUACUUAAAUUAUUUUAUUAUUUACAAUAAUCAUUCGUUAUGUAAAUUAUUGGGUAAUAUUAGGUACUUCAAACGAUAAUUUUUUUUUUCCGUUAAUGAAGAUGUAGAUAAAACACUAAUAUUAAAUUAAAUUUGAUUAUUUUGAUUUAUGGAUCAUUUAACCUUUUUAGUAAAUUAUAAAAUAUACUAAAAUUUGAUUUAUCUUUAUCAAUUUAAGUAACAAUACUUUCUUAAAUAUCAAUAUACAAGGUGAUCCAUUUAAGUUUUUACACUCAUUAUCUCGGAAAAUAUUAACUUUAUUAUUUAUUUUUUAGAACAUUUAAGAAACAAGCAGCUCCACAAUUUUAUAUUUAUGUUUUUUUUUUGUCACUCUUAUUUUGGGGGGUAAAAUCACUACCUACUUUUGAUUUUAAAAGGCAACCUAUAUUAAAAAGUCCCUAAAUAGAUGGAGUAUUAGUUAAAAUAAAUUGUUAACAUUUUUUGAUUUCUGUCAAUCUGUUGACGAGAUACUCCACUUUUAAGUUUGAGUUGGAGAAGAGUAGUGACACAUUAUUAAUACACCACCCUCCAUACCAUCACACAAAUGAUACUCUACUAUUCUCCUCCAACCCAAACUUAAGAUUAGAAUAUCUUGUUAACGGAUUAACUUAAUAUUAUGAUUUUGUUGGAAAAACUUAAAUAUAAAUAACUAUUUAUGUUUUACUUUUAGAGGUUAUAGUCAAGGUAUGUUUUGACUAUUAAUGGUUACUAGCGCUGUACUAUAAUUUAUUAAUAAUAAACAAAUCAUUUUUAUUUAGGGAGAACAUAUGACUGGGAAUUCACUUCGACAUCAACUAUAUGUUGAGUGGGCUAUGAUGAGUAAAUGGAUUCGUAAACAGCCCAUUGAUCAAAUCAAAGAAUACCUAGGAGUGAAAUAUGCUUUUUAUUUUACAUGGCUAGGAUUCUAUACACACAUGUUAGUUCCAGCAGCUAUUUUGGGUCUGAUUGUUUUCUUCUAUGGUAUUUUCACAUUUCCUAAAAAUAAAUUUAGGUAAUUUGAUAUUUUCAUUUUAAUAUAUUUCACUUAUUUUUAUACUUGUUAAUUCAUAUUAUUUUAUAUUUAGUUCUGAUAUUUGUAAUGCAACAGACACAAUAAUGUGUCCAUUGUGUGAUCGUACAUGUGAUUAUUGGGAACUUUCAAAUACAUGUUUUUAUGCAAGAUUAACAUAUUUAUUCGACAAUGACUUGACUGUGAUAUUUGCUUUUCUUAUGUCUAUUUGGGGUAAAUUAAUAUUUUUAUAACAUUAUGAAUAUCACUGAUAAUUAAUAUACUUUAAUUAUUUUUCUAGCCACUAUGUUUCUUGAACUAUGGAAACGAUAUUCAGCUACAAUUACACAUCGCUGGGGUUUGACAGGAUUCACAUUUGAAGCCGAACAUCCAAGACCACAAUAUUUAGCACGGUUAUCUGGAACUAAUCACACCAAAAUAAACUUAGUUACUGGAAAUAUUGAACCGACUGUACCUUUGUGGAAAAAAAUCCCGGCUACAUUAUUUAGCAUUUCUGUCCUUUUGUUUUUGGUAAGGUUCAUUUAAAAUAAUAUUUAAUUUUUUCUUAAACUUAUAAUUAACUAUGUGUUUUUAAGAUUAUGAUUGCAAUCGCUGCUGUAUUUGGAGUAGUGCUUUAUCGUAUGUCUGUUAUAGCAUCACUUAGCGUUACAAAUCAGUCUGAUUGGAUGAGUAGUUAUAGUAAUAUAUUUAUCCCAACCACAGCUGCAAUCAUUAAUUUGGUUUGCAUCCAAUUAUUAAAUUUUGUAAGUUAACAUAUAUAUCUAUAUUUUUUAAUCUAAUAAUUUAAUAAAUUAUUAAAUUUAUUUUUAUUCUUAAGUCUUCUUAUAAUAAAUUAUCUUUAGGUAAAUUUAAUUUUAAAUUAUGUUAUUAAAUUUUGAACACCAAACUAAUUAAUAUCAAGGCAUUGAGUUUAAAUAAAAUAUUUACAAAAUAAUAGAAUUUAAUACUAGUAUGAAUACAUACUGAUUUGAUUUUUAAAUAUUUAUUUAAGUUUUGUUUAACAUAUUUAUUGUGUUCUAAAACUGACGAUAGUUCAGACAAAUGACAGAAAUCUCUUUAUUUUUCCAUUUAUAUUCACCUAAUCAAUUUUGAAUAAUUUUGCUAUAAAUAAGUUGUGCUAUACUUAAAAGCAUUUUCUGUAGAACAAGAAAUGCAGAAAUAUAAUCCAAUAGACCCAUAAUAUAAUAUAGCGUUUGUACCAUCAACAUCUUUUUUAUGUUGGUUAUUAGAAAAUAAUAUUAAAUUUGGUGUGUGAAAAAUCUUUCUUACAUUAAACAGAUCAAUAAAAUCAACUACUAUUAAUUAUUUUUUAAAUUUAAAAUUAAUAAACUUUGUAAUUUUUAUGUUACUUACAUUAUUUAGGUUUAUGAUAAAGUUGCCAUUUAUUUGACUGAAAUGGAACUAUUACGCACACAAUCAGAAUUUGAUGAAUCUUUAACAAUAAAAAUUUAUCUUUUCCAAUUUGUUAACUAUUAUACAUCAAUAAUUUAUAUAGCUUUUUUGAAAGGAAAAAAUGUUGGUUAUCCUGCCAAAUAUCUACGAAUAUUUGGUCUGCGACAAGAAGAGGUAAUAUAUUAUAUGCAUUUUUUAUAUUGUCUGUAUAUAAUUAACAUUGUGAUUUUAGUGCAGUCCUGGUGGAUGUCUUAUGGAACUAAGUAUCCAAUUGUUUAUAAUUAUGGUUGGACAACAAGCAUUGAACACUGUUGUUGAAAUGAUAAUUCCGUGAGUAAUUCAAAUUUCAAAUACAAUAAAUCAUAUAUUUUACCAAGGAAAUUUGUUAUUUGAUAAAAUAAUAAAAGUUUCUUUUUUAGUGUGGGUUUAAAUUGGUUCAAUUCGUUGUCUGAGAACACUGGUCGCUUAGAUAAUCAAAAAUCAUCAUCUGAAGAAGAAGAUUUAGCAGCAGCUGUGAAAAAACCUUGGAUUGAAGAUUAUAAACUUUUGGAUUGGGGACCAAGAGGACUUUUUCCAGAAUAUUUAGAGAUGGGUAAAACAUUUCAAUAUAAAUUUAAACAAUACAACAUUGUUGAAUUUAUUCUUUUCUUAAUAUUUUAGUUAUGCAGUAUGGUUUUGUAACACUGUUUGUAACUGCAUUUCCAUUGGGUCCUUUUUUCGCUUUACUGAAUAAUGUGUUUGAAAUGCGAUUGGACGCAAAAAAGUUUUUAAGAUAUUUCCGUCGACCAAUCCCUCAUAGAGUGCCGAACAUUGGAGUGUGGUAUCGUGUAUUGGAUAUCUUGGGAAAAUUAGCUGUUAUUACAAAUGUAAGUAUUAUACUGUAUCAACAAUAAAUUAAUAAAUAUUUUCUUAAAAGUUAUUUAAUUUUGAUAGGCAUUCAUAAUUGCAUUUUCUUCAAAUUACAUACCUCGUAUGGUGUACAUAAACAUGGUAAGUGAAAACAAAACAGACACUGGCUUUUUAAACAGUACAUUAGCUUAUUUCGAUAUCAGAGACUUUGAAGAGCGUGCUGCUCCAGUAUCGCCAACAUAUACAAAUAUUACUUAUUGUCGGUAAAUAAUGUUACUUUAUAAUUUUUCUAUUUCAGUACUGUUGAAUAAAAAAGUUAAAUUAUUUAUUAUUAUUUUAGCUACAAAGACUACAGAAAUCCACCAUGGUCACCACAAAAGUAUGAAAGGCCUACAUUUUAUUAUGAAGUACUGGUUGCACGCCUUACAUUCAUUGUUAUCUUUCAAGUAAAAAAGCAUAUACAUUUAAUUGAAUUAUGUGUUAAUCCUUCAUUUUUUCAGAAUAUUGUAUCCUUGGUGAAAGUUGCUGUUCAGUGGCUAAUACCAGAUAUACCCAAUGCACUCAGUGACAGAAUUAAGCGAGAAUCAUAUCUUACUACUCAGAUGAUCAUUAAAAACGAAGCCAAAAAAGCAGCAGGCAUAAAAGAAAAAAUUUCAUAACGAAGGAACACACAGCACACAUAAAAUAUAAUAAUUUAUUUUAAACAUUUAUUAAUUUAUACAUUAUAGCUUUUGUUAAUCCAUGCCAAAUUUAAUUGUAUGUUGCUUUUUGUUUGUUUUUAUUAUAUUUUAUUAUUUAUUAUAAUUUAUUAUUUUUAUUGAAACAAUAUAACAUUUAAAUACUGUUAUGUUUGUUAGUUAUUAUUUUUCCGCAGUUGUGUUUGUGUGUUCACUUCAAAAAAAAUUAUAUAUUCAAAAAAUUUAAAAUAUAAUUUUAUUCUUUUGUUUAACUUUCAGAAAUUGAACACAUGAGCGGUAUGAUGCACAACAUAAAUUCACCGCAAAGCUUAUAAGUCUGAUUCCACAAUGCUUAUAAGAGUUUGAAGACUCGCUACAAAGUCAUAUUUUGGUGCUUUUUGCAUUUAAACAAUCUGUGUUGUACUUUUCUAAGUCAUUAUUGUGUUCAUACUUCUUGGCUCUAUUAUGAGGCCUUUGCUAUUUGCUUAGUCAUCUUUAACUCAUAAAAACUGUUUACGCACAAAAUGCUCAUAAUGUAUAAUUAAUUUUUUUUUUCACAUUGAUAUACAUAAUAAUAUUGAAAAAUAAUUAUUGAUACAAUGGCCAGAGAUUCUCAUUAAAAAUAGAUAAGUAUUUUUGUUAUUCAUAUAUUUAUUGUUUUUUAAAGGAAUUUCAGGGAUUUUUUUUAUAUUUGUAUUAAUAUUAAUUGGUAACUCAAACUACCUCAGUUGAAAACUUUAAUUGAAACUAUUACAAAAUGUUCUGAAAUUUGUUAAAAAAUUACCAUAACGAAUUAUUGUUGCCUUCCUUUAUUUUUAUUAUUAUAUUAAAUUAUUAUUUAGAUAUUAUUAUUUAAUUUUAAUUUGUAUAGUAUCAAAUGUUAAAACUCUGUACUUAAAACUAUUUUGAACAUUAUCUAAUUAAUAGUACUUACCUAUAAUUUUAGACUAUGACGCCUGAUGGUGGAUUUAUAAAAAUGCAAAUUCUAGGAUUUUAUAGAACAACCAAUUUUUUUAUUUUAUUUGUAACAUACGAAUGUAUCAUACAAUUAUUAUGAUAUUUAUUGUUGUUUUUUGUGACAAAUUUUCAACUUUUUUAUUAGAUACCUCCAAAAUGAAUAACUAGUAAUUUUUUUUUUUUCUUAAAAUGCUUAAAAAUUUGUUACCUAUGUGUACUUCAGAAUUAUUGGUAGAAAAUUAAAAGUUGUAUGUGUUGUUAUAAAUUCACCUCUGAACCUACACAAAAAGAUUAACUGAUAAAAGAUACCUAAUUUAACGCUUUGUGAUAAUUAUUAAUAUUAAGUAUAGUUCAUUUUUAUUUGAUUGCGUAUAUUUACUUAUAUUGUUUAUAUGUAUAAUAUAUAUAUGAUAUUUGAGCAAAAAUCUACAUGACUCCCAAUUCCUAUAUAAGAAAAGGUAUCUACCAACAUUGUAACACACAAUUUUCACCAUAUGAACACCAACUUGUUUAUUGUAUGCAAGUUACAAUAAAUUAUAUUUUACCUAUGUAAAAUAUAUCAGAACUGACAGAACCCGUCCAAUAAUUAAUCUUAAACAAAAAACUUGGUCGAUUAAUGGAAUCCAGCAUAUUCACUCUAUAUACAAC